AUGAAGUUCUCCUUCUCGCUCUCCGCCCUCCUUGCCGGCACUGCCGUGCUCGCGAGCCCUGUUCCCGUUCCUGCGCCUCCUGGAAUCCCCAGCGCCGCUACAGCCCGGACCCAGCUUGCCGGUCUGACUGUUGCCGCUCUGGGUCCUCAGACCGGAUACAGCCGUGAUCUUUUCCCUCACUGGCACACUGUUUCUGGCGCUUGCAACACAAGAGAGACGGUGCUGAUCCGUGACGGUACCAACGUUGUGACGAGCUCCGCCUGCGCCUCCACCUCUGGCACCUGGGUCAGCCCCUUCGACGGUGCCAGGUGGACUGCUGCGUCCGACGUUGACAUUGACCACAUGGUCCCCCUGUCCAACGCCUGGAAGUCUGGUGCUGCUUCUUGGACGACGGCCCGUCGUGAGGCCUUCGCCAACGAUCUCACCCGCCCCCAGCUUUGGGCCGUCACCGAUGACGUUAACCAGGCCAAGGGCGACAAGAGCCCCGAUGCCUGGAAGCCCCCCCUGACCAGCUUCUACUGCACCUACGCCCGCAGCUGGGUCGCCGUCAAGAGCUACUGGGCCCUCACCAUCACGUCGGCGGAGAAGACGGCGCUGACUUCCAUGCUCAACACCUGCUAGAUGUUGGUUGAGUACGUGAGAAGGGAGGACUGUUAGGGUACAAAAGCGUGGAAGUACAUCGAUGUUUGUUGAGCGGCUAUAUUUCUACUCCAAUACGGGAGCAUCACAGGACUGUCCUAGCUUCAAUCUUCAGGGUUCCGAAGUUCCACCGCUGGUUCUUUGAGCGAAUAUAUAGGAAAAGGCAAAUUUGUACUUACA